UCUGCUGCUGUCUUUCUUCCACCAUUCAUGGUUUUAGGGUUUCAAAAUUUCAGUUUUUCAUUCAUUUCUGCAUUCACAUAGAAAUUGCAAUUUAAUUUGUCCACAGUUUCCUUUCCGUGACACGAGAAAUUGAAAGACUUCGAUAGCAUUGCUCGACACGUGCCAAUGACUUAUGUGGAUGAGGAUGCUUCUUCUGGCUCUGCAGAUGAUGUGAUCAUCUUAGAUGGACACAAUUGUCAGACUGGAGUGCCAUCUAGUUCUUGUGGUGGCCGGAAGAGGGGCCGGAAAGCUGCCGGGAGUGCUAUAGUGGAUGCCAUGCUGGAGAUAGCAGCUGCCUCAAAGAUGAGGGCAAGUGCAAUUAUGAAGAAUAAGGACAGAUUCUCUACAAGAAAGUGCAUCAAAGUGUUGGAUGAGAUGCAAGAUACACCAAUUAGCAUGGAUGAUAUUGACCUAGAAUUGGAUGAAAUGGAACUAGUUGCGGCUGCUGCUGGAUACUAUUACUAUAGCUGUCUAACUAAACAACCUUCCCGUUGUUUAUCACCUAGGAGAUGUGAAUUCAUGACAGAAGUGCUGAAUGGGCACGAUGACUUUUUCCGGGAAAUGUUGCGGAUGGACAAGCAUGUAUUUCACAAGUUGUGUGAUAUUCUCCGUCAAAAAGCCAUGUUACGCGAUACUGCUGGUAUAAUGAUAGAGGAGCAGUUAGCAAUAUUUUUAAACAUCAUUGGCCAUAAUGAACGUAAUAGAGUGAUUCAAGAGCGGUUUCAGCAUUCUGGUGAAACCAUUAGCCGACAUUUUAAUAAUGUAUUGAAGGCUAUCAAGUCACUGUCGCGUGAAUUUUUGCAACCUCCUCAGCUCACAACACCUCCAGAAAUUCUCAACAGUACUAGAUUUUACCCAUAUUUCAAGGAUUGUAUAGGAGUAAUUGAUGGUAUGCACAUUCCUGCACAUGUUCCAGCCAAAGAUCAAUCUCGAUUCCGAGAUAAGAAAGGUAUCCUAUCUCAAAAUGUGCUGGCAGCAUGCACAUUUGACUUGCAGUUUAUAUUCAUUUAUCCUGGUUGGGAAGGCUCUGUCACUGACUCACGUGUGUUAAGGGCAGUCCUUGAUGACCCAGAUCAGAAUUUCCCUCAAAUACCUCAAGGAAAAUAUUACCUUGUUGACGUGGGGUACUUAAACACAGAAGGGUUUAUUGCUCCUUUUCAAGGGGUUCGGUACCAGAGUUAUGAAUACAAAGGUGCUAAUCAAUUACCAAGAAAUGCAAAGGAGUUGUUCAAUCACAGGCACUGUUUUCUGAGGAAUGCUAUCCUGAGGUCAUUUAAUGUGUUGAAAACUAGAUUCCCAAUCCUUAAACUUGCUCCUCAAUAUUCCUUUCAGAUUCAGCGGGAUAUAGUCAUAGCUGCAUGUGUUUUGCAUAAUUUCGUUCGCCGUGAGGAAAGAAAUGACUGGUUAUUCAGUAGUGUCGGCGGGGUAGCAGUGGAUGAACUGUCAGAUCUUGAUGAACUUCCUGAUGUUCAGUUGCUUACUUCAAUUCAAGAACAAUUUGCAUUCUCAUUAAGGGAUUCAAUUGCUGCAGCUAUGUGGGAUGACUUUUUCAAUAAAUGGGAUGAGUGGUAAUUCUUGGCUGGAGAAAUGUCAUAGCUUGGCGACUCAAAAUGUGGGUUUGUUGCAAAAGGUUAGGUGACUUAAUCAUCUUCAUGGAAUUGAUGACCACCUUAAUAUGUGAUUUGAUUUUUAGGUCACAGCUCAAUAUUUUUUGUAUAGUCAUAUCUUUUGUCAAAUAAUAGUUUAUUUAUAAUGAAAUUGUGAAGUUUGCUUGGGUUAGAUGCAGAUAUUGUUGUGGAUGUUUCUGUUACAAUAGCCUAACUGCAUAGCUUGUUUGCGAUGGUGCUAUUGGCACUCAGCUUCUCAAACUUAACCUAUAGGGCUAUAGGUCUCUUACCUGGCUAAGUCUCUAGACAUUGCUUGUA